AUGGCGUCCGCCGUGCUAGUGAGCCAGAAAGAGUCGAGCUGGGGCCCCAUGGGGAAGAAUCCGUACUCCAAUCCCCAUUUCAAUGCGAACCCUAACCCUAACCCCAAGAAAAAGCAGAAGCAGUUCCACCACGUCGCCGCCGCCGCGAACGGCGUUGCCGGCGGGCGGUUUCAUGGCAACGUCAACAGUCACCACAACUUCGAAUCGCCAGCAGUGACGCAGACGGCGUCAGAUGACGCCUAUUCCUUCAACCAGACGACCACCAGCCGCAACGCAGCCAAUUACGGGGGCUACUUGUCCUUUAAUGUAGCCUCGUACACGAAAUCGGAGCUCCUCGAGCUUCGGAAGCGGCUGUUGGCGGAGCUCAAUCAGAUCCGCGACUUGCGAGAUCGAAUUCAGUCUGGUCAACUCAGCACAAUGGAGAAUCCUAGAUCCCAGGUGAAAUCGAAUAAAUUCGCCGGAAACAAGAGACCUGGCGCUGUUGUUGCAUCAACUCCCAAGAAUUUGCCCAAUGUAUACGGCAAUGGUGGUAUAGACCCUGUCAAUUGGGAGUUGAUGCUAAAGGAAUGUGGCAAGAUCGUGGCAAAAUUAAUAAAGCACAAGUUUGGCUACGUAUUCAAGGAUCCCGUUGAUGCUGUGGCCAUGGGACUUCAUGAUUAUCAUCUCAUUGUGAAGCAACCCAUGGAUCUUGGCACAGUGAAAACAAAUCUCUCCAAGAAUCUCUACAGGACUCCUAUGGAGUUUGCAGCUGACAUGCGGUUGACUUUCAACAAUGCAUUGCUGUACAACCCCAAGAAUGAUCCUGUCAAUGUGAUGGCAGAACAGUUGUUGGCCAAAUUCGAGGAUUUGUAUAAACCAAUACAGGAGAAGAUUGAUAGUUCCUUAGAGCAGCAAAGGGAGUUGGAGGCUUGCGAUUUUCGGGCAGUUGAUGAGCUCCAUUACAGGGGUUUUGUUGAGUUGCAGGGGAGCUCAUGGAAUAACCAUGGCAACCAGGUUUUACCAUCCCCAGUCAGAGGGAAGAAGAGUAAGCCUAAAAGUAGUCCAGUUCCCAUUUCCGAGGUGUUGAAGAAGCCUGACAGAUUGCAAGCUCAUUCAAGUGCUUCAACAGCUUCAAAUCCCCCUCCGAUGAUCCAGCAGCCUCCUUUGAUGCAUGAGAUGACACAUUCUCCUGUGAGAGCUCCCGCUGUGCCGCCUGUUAGAGAGCUGAAAUCUGGGAGGGGUUCUGCACCGAAGCUGCCAAAGCCAAAAGCUAAGGAUGCUGAUAAACGAGACAUGAGUAUGGAUGAGAAGCAGAAGCUAGGUAUGGGUUUGCAGAGCUUGCCUCAAGAGAAGAUGCCUCAGUUGGUGCAAAUCAUAAGGAAGAGGAAUAGACACUUAGCUCAGGAUGGAGAUGAAAUUGAGCUUGACAUUGAGGCCCUGGACAAGGAAACCCUGUGGGAGCUUGACCGUUUUGUCACCAACUGGAAGAAGAUGGUGAGCAAGACUAAGCGGCAGGCAUUGAUGAACACUCCAGCAGUUGAGGCUCCUGCUCCUGUCAGUCCUGUUGGCGAAGCUGAUAUGGGUGCAAUGAGUGACAAGAACGAUGAUGAUUUGGUGAAGAAAUUGAAGGAUAAUGAUGAUGAAGAUGUGGACAUUGAUGAUGAUAUGCCUGCUGCAAGUUUCCCGCCAGUGGAGAUUGAAAGAGAUGAAGGGACAGGUGCUGUUGCUGUCCAGGAGCAGAUCCAUGAUAAUGUAGAUGCUCAUCAUGACCAUGAUCAUGUAGGAGCCCAGGUUCAGGAUCAUGGAGUUGGUGGCCAUGAUAAUGAUGAACGAGGCAAUGCAAGCAGUAGCUCAAGCAGUUCAGGAAGCUCGAGCAGUGAUUCGUCUUCCUCAAGCGAUUCUGAUUCAGGGAGCUCCUCUGGGAGUGAUUCAGAUGCGGAUGAUGCGCAGUCUUGA